AUGAACGAAACUAACAGGAGCACUGCAGGCUCAAAUUCCAUUGAUUCCGCGGAAAUCGGCGAUCCAGCUGUGGAGAGGCUCGCUCCGGUCUCUGUAAAAAGUUCCCAAAAAAUCCAUCGAGUGUUCCACGAGCUCAUCGAUUCCUGGAAAAAGUAUACGGAUAUGGAGGAUGGCGAUCGAAUUUCGCUUCUUUUGCAGAAUUAUACGGUGGAAAAGCAGCUAGAGCAAGUUGGAGCCAUGGAGAAAGAAGAGAUACUGGAAGUCCUCCGAGUAAAUCUUCGCAAAAUGACCACUAUUCAAGAGGAAAAUGAGCUCCUGACCCGGAAAAAUCGCGAAGUUUCCGAAAAAUUGCACCGAAUCGAGCAUCGGGUCGGCAAGGCUCAAGUCAAUGUGUUCGAUCGUGUUCAAACGGUCACUAUGGACAUUCUGAAGGAAUUUCAUGAGCGCGAAUUGGAGUUAGCACGGAAAUUGGAGGUUUUGGAAGCUCAGAAAGCAGAUUUUACGGCUAGGAACGAGAAAUUAGAGGCGAAAAUUCGAAUUUUCGAGAAAAAUGUGGACUCUCUACAGGCGAAAAAUGGGCGGUUGGCGGAGCUAAACGACGAGAAUGAGCAGAAAAUUGCUCCGUUUUCGAGGAAAAUCGAAGUUCAAGACGAUGAAAUUUUCCAUUUGAGAGAGCAGCUGGUGAAGGCGAAUGAGUUGGCUAGGGAGAAGACAGAAGAGAGAGUGAAGACGUUAAUUCUGAAGGAGCGAGAGACGGCGAACACGGAGGCUGCGAGACAGAAGGAGAUGUUGAUGAGGGAUAUGGACAACUACAAAGCGGACCUGGAGAAAGACCUAACCAUCCGCCAUCAACGACACAAGAAAGAAGUGGAAGCUCUAAAUGCGAAAUUCGACUCGGCGAUGGCCCACAGUGAGCAGACGAUUCAAGAAUUGAAGACGAAAAAUCAUCAGCUGGAGGCCGAAAUUUCGAAAUACAAACGGAAUUUUGCUAUCAUGGAGGCACAGAUUAAGGGAGACGUGAAACGAAGUCUAGCAGUCAACUACCACGAAAUGAUGAAUAUCGUGUCCUCUGGAACCUGCCGACUGCCCUCACCACCUCGCGAGAAUCCAUUCCUUCUUUUGGAUUCUGAAAAUCGACGGCCAGUGUCACCGAAACGGACCCUAGGCGUUCAGACGUCGUCAACGUCUUCUGUAAAAGGAGGAGCCACGUCGUCACGAGACGCCAAGAAGACGACGACGUCAACGAAAUUCUCAUCGUCGGUGAAUUCUGGAACUGGAGGAUUGGGAUCGUCUGGAAGAGGAAGAUCUGCGUCGUGUUCGAGGAAAUAA